ACCCUAAACCCUUGCUUGCGCUGUUGUUGACUGUUGUUCCUCCGAUCUAAUCUCAUCGUCAAUGGCUUCAGCGUGCAGCAGAAUCGCGCAAAGAACAGCGAUUUCGUCCAUUAAAUCGGCUAUCAAAUCCAACAUUCGCGUUUCUUCUUCCUCCAAAGCAGCCACCUCCUCUUCUCCUCUCCGCCGGUCCUUCUUAACCAGGAUUGCGGCGGAACUGGGAGGCGUGCAGUCGAUGUUGCCGCUGCACAGUGCGGUGGCGGUGGCUAGAAUGACGUCAUGCCUCAGCAUAACUUCGAGGAGCUGCCGAGCGCUUUCUCAGGAGCUUGGCCAAUCAGUUCCAAGGUGACCUGCCAGAAGAGAGAUUGAAGAAAGUCUUUUACGUUUGUAAGGUUGGAUUUAUGGUUCUGUUAUAUCAAUACCCUCAAAGCGGCUAUAGUCACUAAUUCUUUCAGGCUGAGAAAAUGUUUUUUUGCUGAAUAAAAGUUACUCGCUCUGAUUUUUAUAUUCAUUCAUAUGGAUAAUUGUAACCUACUGACUGUCUGCCCUACCUCCAUUGUACUUGCUUCCCUCCAAUUAUGUUGAGUGCCUGUUAAACUGAUU